AUGGAACUUGAGAAUAAUCUAGUUAGCAUUUAUACUUCGCAUAGGAAAUACAAUCAAGAAAUUCUAAAAAUUAAAAAUUAUAUUUUAUAUGAUGAUAUUUAUAUCAAUCAUGGUACAGUUGGAGGAAUAGAAAACAAUAAGUUAUGGAAUAUAAUUAUACAGCGAGUUUAUGAUUGGCAGUUACGUAAAAUCGUAGAUUGGUAUGACCGAAAAUAUCGACGAACUAAAUUUAUUUAUAAAGAACUUUAG